CUCAAACAAGAACUUUCCUAAUUGUAUCUGACCGUAAUUACGACCGAAACUGGAUGAAUCUGACUGCAAUCACGUCCAGAGCUUAGUAGGACAAAGUCGUAGUGUGAGUAUGCCCUAAGUGCAUCAGAGACACCCCUCUGGAGGUAGAUGCGAAGUGUGAUUAUCACAAAGGCUUCACUGCUUGCCGCACAGAGCCAGGAUCUUUGCCAGGUGGUGGAGCUGCUGCGCGUGAAUGUGAAUCAGGCGCGAAGUCUGCUCAUUCAUUAUCGGUGGAAUGUGGAGAGUCUGUCUGGGAGACUCGGGGAACUGGGUGUGGAUAAGGUAUUCCAAGAAGCGGGAAUUCCUUUGCGAACAGAGGAUGAUUCUGAUGCCGACACCCCCACCAUUGAUGCACCAUCCACUGCUGCGGCAAGUAAAGAUGGUCAUGUGUACUGCAAGAGUUGCAUGGAUGAGACAGCUAUUGAAGAAUCGACGACCAUGGAUUGUGGGCACAUAUUUUGCAACGACUGCUGGAUGCAGUACUUUUUGAUAAAGAUCAAGGAAGGGCAGAGUCGUCGCAUCACCUGCAUGGAUUUCAUUCGGCGCCCUGUCCAGUCUCGUGACAACUCUUCAAGCGGUGAUGACAAAGGUGGCGGAGUGGUGGAGACCGAAGAGGUAAAGUGCAAUGCCAUCUGUGACGAGGAGCACGUGCGGAGACUCGUUGGCGCUGUGGACAGGGACAUGUUGGAACGCUAUGAGCGGUCAUUGUUGGAGUCUUAUAUUGAAGACAAUAACAAAGUCAAAUGGUGCCCGAGCGUUCCACACUGUGGAAAUGCGAUACAAGUCGAUGGGGAGCCGUACUGCGAGCUGGAGUGUGUGUGUGGGCGUCGCUUCUGUUUCAACUGUCUUGCAGACCCUCACUCUCCGUCAUCGUGCUAUAUGUGGGCGCUGUGGGAGCGGAAAUGCAAAGAUGAAUCCGAAACACUUAAUUGGAUGCACGCAAACACCAAAACUUGCCCCAAGUGCCAAAAACCGGUAGAGAAAAACGGAGGGUGCAAUCUUGUUACCUGCGUCUGCGGUCAGGCCUUCUGCUGGCUAUGUGGGUGCCCGACUGGCCGUGAGCACACGUGGACAAACAUAGCAGGGCACAAUUGUGGCAGGUAUAAGGAUGAAAAGGAAGUGGAGGCGAAACGCGCGGAACGGGAUCUGAAACGGUACUUGCACUACCACAAUUUCUGGAAGGGACAUAUGGACUCUUUGAAGCUGGAGGAGAAACAGAAAGCAGUCGUGCACGAAAAGAUUGCAAAGCUGGAGGAGAGUGAAUCUAUGGUGAAAGAUUACACCUGGCUGACGAAUGCGUUACAGGUACUCUUUCGCACCCGGCGGGUGCUUGCAUACUCGUAUGUGUUUGCGUUUUACAUGUUUGGAAACGAUCUGUUCAAGGACGAGAUCACUCGUGAACAAAACAACAUCAAUCAGAAUCUGUUCGAAGAUCGUCAGAUGCAGCUUGAAGAGAGUGUGGAGUUGCUUUCCAAGCUUGUCAACUUCCCGAUUGAUUUACAUCCAGAUGAUAACCGGCUCCAGGCGGUGCGGAUGCAAGUUGUCAAUCUGGUUGCGAAGACCGAAACCCUGUGUAAUGGAAUGUAUGAGAUUGUGGAGAAGGACUUGCUGGGAUCUUUGCAGCACUCCUCCCACCAUAUUGCUCGCUACAAGCCAUAUGCGGCCGAACAGCUUGUACACGUGGCAAUUAGUAGCAGCUACCUUCAGGGUAGCGAGAACGGGGUGUCCUGUGGUAGUGGUAGUGUUGUUGAAGUGCCAGCUUUGUGCAUGUCAUUGACAGAGUCCCGUAGCGGACUUGCCGGGAAUGCCUCUGGGCCAUCUGCCAGAAAUGAGGAUGCAAACGUAGGGGCUGCUACAGGGAUAGGAGGAGGAGGAGGAGGAGGACAAGGACAAAGUUCCAGGGGGGUUGUGAUGCUAACUGAAGAAAAAGAGGACAAGGGUGGAGAAGUGGUCUUUGAAGCUGAGCUGCCUCGGAACGAAGAGGGCGAAAUGUACUCGAGAAAGGUGCAGGAAGAAAGCAGGGUGCGACGAGAGAGAGCUCUGAAGAGACCCGCAGCAGAAGUUCCAGAUGAUAAGAUGAGAAAUUGGGAGCCAGAUUCAAAAGCUGCGAGGCUGUCUUGUAGAGUGCCUUCGAACCCGCCAGUGAAUGCGCAGAGUGUUGCAGCUCUUCCUCUGGGAGAGAAAGACGCCUUGGAUUUUGGCAGGCUUCUCGGUGGGGGGAGAGGUUCAUCGCGGAGUGCUGCUGAUCUAGGGUUCAAAACUGCGAUGGACGCAUUUGGAUUUUACAGGGAGGCGGUGCCUAGGGAACAGCGAGAAGAUGGAGUGGCUCAGGGGGCUGCAGUCAUGGGCGUAGAGGACUGGAAUGCGGGAAGAAAAGGUGUGGGGGGUCUCCUGAUGCCUGGGAUGGGGGCCGGCAUGGCUAUGAGGGGGGGGGUAUCGAGUCAAGACAACAAUGGAGGGGGAGUGAUGAUAGGCGAACCGAGAGAGUGGACGGAACGGCGGGACAGGGCAAGAAGACGAGCAGCCCCCGAUGGGAUUGGGGAUGGAGGCGCUGCAGCCGCUCCUGAGGGGCAUGAUGUCCAUGACAGCGGGGGAGGAGUGGGGAAGGGGGUGCGAGGAGAGGCAGGGGCUAGGGGUUGGGGUGGUGCUGAGGACGGUGGCGGCUCUGGGCGAGGGUUGCUCCAGAGCGGGGGAGGAAUUCCGCAAUGCCCUGUGUGUAUGCUGUUUUUCGAGCAGUCAGCUACGAACGAUGAAAUCAACUCUCAUGUAGAUGAGGUGCUACGAUGCACAUUUGAUGAUCUGCAUGUCAUCUUUUCAGAAGCUCUGACAUCACUGCUUACUGAACCAUGUGUAGUUUCCGUCACUGUAAGUUUCUGUUAGACGUGUUGGAUAUGUCUGGCAUUCUGGACACGAAGCAUUAUCACCUCUGAUCUCUGGUUUUCAUUUUGUGAGCCUAUGUUUUUGUGUCCAUCUUUCCUUAUGGGAUGAGCGAGGGACUCGGUGCAUUUUGCCAGAUCAGUGUACACUUUUGGUUGGUGCUUAUGCCAGUUUCACACAGAAGGUGUGCUCACUGCUCAGCGCUCCCCUGUGUGACUUUGCCGGGGCAUUCAUUCAAUCUUUCGGCACUUUUCUGAAUCGACAACACAAUGUUUGUUGCGGAGAAAUUUGCUGAAAGACCACAACACUAUGCUCGAGUUUGUCUCCACGCCUUCGCCACCCGUGAAAUCGAUGAUGGGAAGCUGUGGUUGUUCUGCAUUCUAUUUGUGACCGCGCAUUGAAUUUUUUCCGCUCAGAAAGAGGUUUAUCUUGUUCACAAAAUGAUCCACACAGUGCUACUUCCUUGGCUUGUCUUGCAUGUAUAUUUAGUCUCUACUUGAUAUCCCAGACUUCACGACUGUCUCUCUGUGAACCGUGGGAACUGCAUCGUCAAGUAGUGAAGGUGUUGUGCGUAGCCCAUCCUUCAUACUGUGGAAAUGCUUUGCAUCUUCGUUUGCAGAGCAUGAUAUAUACCUCGAAAAGAUGGAGACAGACACCUACAAAGAGGUGUAUGCUGGGGACUUCUAGGUCUGUUCAGUUCAGGCAUCAGUAGGUACAAAAGUUUUCAUUGUGCUCACAAGCACGAGCGUAAGGACUGCUUGGACAGCAGAGAGAGAGAGAGAGAGAGAGAGAGAGAGAGGGCGUGCUUGGGAGCAAGUGGAUUAUGAAGGUGGUAGGUAUGCAGGUAGGGCAGGAAGGAGGGUGAGAGAGCAAGGACAAGAUGGAGGGCAAUGAGGUUGUGAUGGAGGGCAAGGAGCUAGUCUGUGAUCUCUGACAUGUUUCCAUGAGUUGCAUGUCCCCUUUCCCACCUCUACACCUGUUGAUCAGUUCGAAUUCCUCCCAUUUCUUCCCGCUGUCCUAUAUUGCACUCUCUUGCACUGUUCUAUGAACUCUCCGCCCGCCGUCCCACGCACUUUUACUGUGUUUUAUGAACUCUCCAUAGAUUUGAGACGUGGUAAUCAGCUUGUGCUGCUGUGGGUCCUGUGUCCGCAACUUCUCUAUAUCUAUAAUCUACGAUACUACCAGAGCGACCAGCGGUCCUUGCCACAGGACCAGCUGAUACGUGGAACCACACCGGGGGAGGUGCAGUCCUCGGUGGGACCGCUCGUCCGUCCAGCGAAGCGCUGGGCUUUUUUGGAUUAUUUUUGUAAAACCUAAUUCUUUCUAGCCCAACCAAUUGCAAUUACCUGUCUAAUCUGGACAGGACGGCCUCUCAGGCCUUUUUUUAUUGUCUGAGGAUUACGAGUCAGGCCUUUUUUUAUUGUCCUAGUAUUAUGAGGAACCCAGUGGCAGCCACACAUCUGUGCUCCCUGUAGCAGCCACAUCCGUGCUCGAGCCUCAAACGAGGGAACAUGUGGGAGCUGCACCCACCAGCAGGUCAUGUUCUCAUAUCAGGGUGUAGCCAUGAAAAGGAAGUAGUUGAGAUCUCGCAGUGGUGUGUAAAUCACCAGUACUUGGGCCAGUGUUGGGCCACAGGGCUUCCACAUUUGGGGGUAGCCCAAACAAACGCCUGUUCGCUGC